UCUGUAGGCAGCACGCGACAUCCUUGAGGUACGCUGCUCGCCAACACGCACGCGCGAACACCGCCCUGCGGCUGCCCAGGCGCAUCUCACUCCCAGUAUCGCGACUAGUGUGACGAUGGUACAGCGGUGAUAAGAGAACCGCUAUUAUAACUUUAUACGUGAUCUCAAAAGGACUUUUCAAUAAAGUGAGAGUGAUAUAUUUUACGUCAAAAUGGGUUUAGACUUCUUAGAACAUGGGGCAGAUUACGAGACAGCGAUCUCUGCGACAGGUUUUGGCCGGUUCCACUUCUGCCUACUGGCCAUCACGGGGUUGAUCUAUGCAAACACGGCCAUCGGCAUCACCAUCGUAUCGUUCGUAUUGCCAUCUGCGACGUGCGAUUUUCGCAUGACAUCUGCUGAUAAGGGAUGGCUUACUGCCGCUCCUAUGUUAGGUAUGGUAAUCGGUUCAUACUUCUGGGGUUGCCUGGCUGAUACGAAAGGCCGCAAGAUAGUGCUGGUCUCCACACUGCUGCUUGACGGUUUCAUCGGCAUCUUGUCCUCGUUCGUCCAGAUCCUGCCCAUCUUCAUGGCUUGCCGGUUCGUCAACGGCUUUGCAGUGGCCGGCGCCAUGGGCAUCUGCUUCCCGUAUCUCGGAGAAUUCCAGGCGACCAAGUACAGAGAGAAGAUCCUCUGUUGGAUGGAAAUGUUCUGGACCCUCGGAGUUAUCAUCCUGCCUUUGAUUGCGUGGGCCAUCAUCCCCAUCACGGGCAUCCGCAUAGAGAGUGGUUGGUUCUCCUACGAUUCAUGGAACUGGUUCGUGGCUGCGUGUGGUGUACCCUCACUUAUGCUCGGAUUCUGGCUCUUUAGCUUCCCCGAGAGCCCUAAAUUCAUGAUGGAGGUCGGCGAUUACGAUGACGCCUUGAAGGCAUUGAAGUUGGUCUAUCAUCAGAAUACCGGCGACGAUCCUGACAACUAUCCCGUAAGUUAUUAUUUUAUUAAUUGUUUUUUGUUUCUCAUUUAA